CCUUUUCCUACAGCAAUAAAAGGAAGUGUAUGCGCCCGUUAAGCUGACAAAAGUGUGGCUCAUUAUCACUUUUCUCCUCAUUAUUGCCAGAUUCUUCUUGGGUUUCCGGAAAUCUGCAAUCGGUGUUUCUUAACGAGCUGUAAUACUUCAAAAGUUUCCAUUACUUGAUGGUCCUUUAGUGGAAAUCUCUUGUUUCAGGGUGAUCUUGAAUGGGUUUUGCUGGGUCUUCUCUGUAACAAUCGAAGAACUGGGUCUUCGAUGAGAAUCUUGAGGGGAAGUCUUUGGAGAGGCUUCUAUAAGGAUCUUCACCUAAAGUCUUGUUAAACAAAUGAUCUUUCUCUUUUUGUUCUUUGUCUCAUGAAUUUCUGUGAGGCUUAUUGGUAACAGAAUCGUAGCAACAGCGAGCUCCAUCGGGUUUGAUCUGGGUUCUGUCUGGUUUGGCACGUAAAGAGAAGAAGGGUCCUCUAGUGAAGAAGUAAUAGAAAAGGAUUUCUGAUGAAAAUUCUCUGAGUUUAUAGUAUAACUGGGUUGUUCGGUGUGAUGACCAUGGAAAACUGAAAAUUUAAGUCGUUUUGUUUUGAAGGGCUCUUGAAUGGCUGCAGACGAAUUGAUUGAACUCAAAUUCAGGCUUUUUGAUGGCACCGACAUUGGACCCAACAAGUACAAUCCUUCUACUACUGUAGGAUCUCUGAAGGAAAUCAUACUUGCUCAAUGGCCUCAAGACAAAGAAAAUGGGCCAAAGACAAUAAAUGAUGUGAAGCUUAUCAAUGCGGGGAAGAUACUGGAAAACAGUAGGACCCUUGCUGAAUCCAGGGUACCAGUUGGUGAACUUCCAGGAGGAGUCAUCACUAUGCAUGUUGUUGUGCGACCUCCUUUAUCAGACAAGAAGAAUGAAAAAUUGAUGGCUGAUUCCCCAAAGAAGAACAGGUGUUCAUGUUCAAUCCUGUGACUGUCAUUACCAGGGUGAAUUCAUCUUAAGUAGGUUUCAUAUGCAUUUCCAAGGGUUUCCAGAACGGUCUAGACUGCAUUCUUCAGUAGUCAAAGUGGCUCUUCUAGGCUUGGAAGGUCUGGUUUGUUAAGUUGUGGUCUGUGAUGACCUUGUGGUUUUCUUGUAUGAAAUUACUUUCGCAAUUCCUUCAUGUUUGUCAGAUAGAAAAAGGAAUUGGGGGAUUUCAGAAAAUUAGAAUCAGGGCCAAUUCUCUCUGCACAGAAGAACAAGAACACUACUGGAAUCAGAAGAAAGAGCAUUGAUGGUUUUUCUUUUAUUUUUUCUUCUUUGUAAGAUGGGGUGUUGCUGCCUUUAAUCGAUUGAUGAAUAAUUCCUUUGCAUGACUUUUUGAUCACUUCUAGAUGGUCAUUAUGGUUCAUUCAAAAUUUAUCAGUUAAGUUUAUUUAUAA